AUGAACGAAGAUGAGAACAAGGGAAUCGUGUUUCAAGUUGAGCCAUUUCUAUACAUUUUCAUUUUCAGACGAACCUCCAGAGCUGACAAAUGCGCCGCGCCCAAUAGAGCGAUACAUUGGCGCGAAAUUCAAAUUUUAACAGCAAAAUUUGUGUUUUUUUGUCAGAUUAGCCACGAAAAACCGAUAAUUUCUCAUUUGUCUCUCGAUAGACCGAUUGUAUAGGCCAUUACGAAUUUUUUAAGCGCAAGAGCGUUAAAUUUGGUCAAGUCGCAAAUCACAUUUAUCCGUUUGAAGGUUUUUGGCUAAAACUGCGUGAAUUUCAGUUGCUUUUCGGUAGUUUUCGCGGUUCGAGCGCUUAAAAAUUUACGUGAUUUAUCAUUCUCAAAACUAAUUCUGUCUGAAAACGGUCCGCGAAAAAUGCGCGCCAAAACGUCAUUAAUUCUGAGAAUUAGUGUGUUUUCAUGUCGGAAAAUCAUUUUUCAUCGCCUUUGACCACAAAAAUCAGAGAAAACCUGCUCAAUUCAUGAAAAUUCCAUUUGGCCGAGGCCACGCCCAUAUUGUCAGCUCUGGAGAUCGUGCGAACCCGAAUUUCAGAUCGGAUAUGAGCUGCCGUCGCAGCAGCGCGUCAGUUUGCAGUUGGCGAAUCUCCGAUGGCACGCCGGCGGUGUUUUCAGCAAUGUUUACCGGUACGAUUCGGAGUUUCUAACUGUUCUAACAGCGCAAUUUCUCAAAAUCUAACCGCGCAAUUUCUCAUCACAGAACACAUUAUUGCAGGGGAACUCUCGUGUCUCCGGGCGCCGAAAGAGAGAUUGCCAUCAAGAAAACUUGGCCCAGUACGUUUCUCUUGUCGAAUCUUUCAAUAAAGCCUAUUUAGAGACACCGGAGCGCAACUUGGAAGUCCUUUUUCUGUCGGGAAUCAAGCGGAAACCGCACAAAAACGUCGUUCAAAUGCUGUUCGCAUUCGCGCGAAACACGCAAAGCGCUCAGGGCUCGGACACGAGGAGUUCGGUGAGCACAGCACGACUAUACAGUACACAAUCGCAUGCGUGCCAGGUUUCAGUACUGCGAGUCGUACGUGUUCGAGUUCAUGCCGACGACUCUGCACAGUCUGCUAAAGAGCCGCGACGGGAAGAUCAUUCGGAUGCCGGAGAUGGAGAUGAAAGUGUACACGUGGCAACUGUUCGAAGGGCUACGCUAUCUGCAGGCGCACAUGAUCGUGCAUCGCGACAUCAAACCCGUCAAUUUGCUCAUCGAUCCCGACAAGAACGUGCUCAAGAUUGCGGACUUUGGGAGUGCGAAGAUCGCGCAGAGGGGCAGUCCGUCGAGUCCGUACCAGGUGACGCGCUUCUACCGACCGCCCGAACUGCUGCUCGACGCCAACGAGUACUACUGGAUGGUGGACGUGUGGAGUGCCGGAUGCUGCGUCGGCGAGAUGAUGAAGGGAAAUGUGCUCUUCAUGGGCGCCACGCCGAACAUGAUGCUCAAACUGUUUGUGCAGGCGUUCGGGCUGCCGACGAAGCGGGACCAGGAGUACAUGAAGGUGACGACGAUGAUCGAUCCGGUGUCCGACGUGAAGCUGUUGGGUCUGAAGCAGGCGCUCGGCGACGUCAGCCAGGAGUGGGCAGACUUUCUGGCCGAGAUCCUCCGCUACCGCCCACGCGAUCGCCUCCACGGACCCAAACUGCUCGCGCACAAGUUUUUCGAUCAAAUCUUCGCGUAAACCGAUUUCCGCAAACUCCAGCAUCCUAUAUCGUUGCAGUGACAAAUGCGCUCUAUCGAACGGACAACUCGUUUCCCAGGUCAUCACUCGUGAAGACUAUAAAACAGCCAUGUGAGUUUUUUUUUUUGGAACAAAUUUCAUACAAAAAGUAUCGAAAACGCACACGUUCAGAAGGAACGAUUGCGCGGCGGGCAAAGAAUACGCGGCGGCGGUGACGAAAGGAGUGGUGAAGUUCUCAUUGAAAGACGUUCCGGCCGCACCUCCGAUUCCGACGGCUCCAUCGGCUUCCACGACAACGGCCACGGUUCCGGCACCGACGAACACGACGACUCCGGGCAAAGACUCCAAGGAUCCACCGGCGCCGGCUCCGAAAGUUCCGUCGGCAGACGCCCAGCAGACGCUCAUCUCACCCACAGCUAUCAUGUCGGCAAAGAGAACUAUGAAUGUUUGA